GCUCGCCGCCGGCCGCCGAACCGCGCAGCCGGCCGCGCUGGGACUGCCGUCCGCUCCGCGCCGGGCUGCCGGGACACCGAGCUUGCGAUCCGCUUCGCGCCGGGCUGCCGGGGCACCGAGGCACCGAGGCUACGAUCCGCUCUGCGCCGGGCUGCCGGGGCACCGAGCUUGCGAUCCGCUCCGCGCCGGGCUGCCGGGGCACCGAGACACCGAGGCUACGAUCCGCUCGGCGCCGAGCAGCAGAGGCACCGCUCCGCGCCGCUGCCGCGCAGGAUGCCGCGGGAGACCGAUCGCCCCUCGCUGCGGGGGCGCCGCGGCCGCCGCCCCAGGCUCCUGGAGAUGCUGCCAGCUGCCCUGCUCCUCCCUGCAUGAGCCAGCACAGGAUGGAAGUGACCAGCACCAGCUGGGCCAAGGACUCCUCACCCGGCGCUGAGAUGUCGUCCCCCCGUGGAUGGCAGUUACAAAUGUGCCUGUGAGCUGCACGCCUGGCACGGGCACCUGCACUGCCAGAGCCCUCACACCACAGUCCAGGGGCACCACAGGACAGGCAGGCCUUGGCCACAGCAGCCCAUCCUGUGAACUCCUCUGAAACCAUCCGUGGAAGUUUCUCUCUGCUUGCCGUGACAGCUGUGGGUGCCUGCACCCGGUGCCCUGUGCCCCGUUGUGGAGCUGCCCGCAGGGCGGGCAGCAGGCUGGGUGUGACCCUGCUCCCUGGCCAGACCUGUGGCAGCCGAGUGGAGACCUGUGUGGCCGUGUCCCCAGGGACAGAUGCCAGCUGGCAGCUUCUUCUCUGGAGAGCCCGGAGCAGCCUGCGGGGCAGCAGCACCGAUCACUGCCGUGCUGGCAGCGGGCGGCCCGGGGCGGCAGUUGGCACCGAUGUGACUGCAGCUGCAGGGCGCAGCAUGCGGCGGGCAUGGGGCUGCUCUGACCUGCCUGCCGAGCCCCACGCCGCUGCCGUGGACGUCCCUGCUCUUCUCCCCCAAGGGAUGCUGUUCGCCUGUCCGACAGCUGCUGCUCAUGCAGCCUCCUAGAGAGCGAUGGCGAAGGCUCUGCAGGGCUGCUCGUGGACCAUGCUGCUGCUGCUCCUCGCCGGGCAGGAGCUGUGCGCCUGGGCCGUGCACACUGCGGUGGAGGGCCCGGGGCUGGCGCCGCCAGGGGAGCCUGCGCUGCUGGCCGGGAGAGUGAAGCGCGGCUGGGUCUGGAACCAGUUCUUUGUGGUCGAGGAGUACACGGGCACGGAGCCGCUCUACGUGGGCAAGAUCCACUCGGACUCGGAUGAGGGGGACGGCUCCAUCAAGUACACGAUCUCCGGGGAGGGCGCGGGGACCAUCUUCCUGAUCGAUGAGAUCACAGGGGACAUCCACGCCACAGAGCGCCUGGACCGGGAGCAGAAAACCUUCUACACGCUGCGUGCGCAGGCUCGGGACCGGCAGACGGACCAGCUGCUGGAGCCCGAGUCCGAGUUCAUCAUCAAGGUGCAGGACAUCAACGACAGCGAGCCGCGCUUCCUCGAGGGGCCCUACAUCGGCAGCGUGGCCGAGCUGUCCCCCGUCGGCACCUCAGUGAUGCAGGUGAUGGCAUCUGACGCUGAUGACCCCACCUAUGGCAGCAGUGCCAGGGUAGUCUACAGUGUGCUGGAGGGGGAGCAGCACUUCACUGUGGACAGCAAAACAGGUGUGAUCCGGACAGCUGUGGCUGACCUGGACCGCGAGACGCAGGACCGCUACGAGGUGGUGAUCCGUGCCACGGACAUGGCAGGGCAGCUGGGCGGCCUCUCCGGCUCCACCACAGUCACCAUCGUGGUCACUGACGUCAAUGACAACCCUCCACGCUUCCCUCAGAAGAUGUAUCAGUUCAGCAUUGUUGAAACUGCUCCUGUGGGCACUGCCAUCGGGAGGGUGAAGGCAGAGGACUCUGACGUCGGGGAGAACACAGACAUGACCUACCAGGUGAAGGAUGAGGAGGGGAUGGAGAUGUUCAGGGUCAUCACGGACAGCGAUACCCAAGAGGCUGUCAUCAUGGUACAGAAGCCUCUUGACUACGAGUCAAAGAAAGUGCACACCGUGGUGGUGGAGGCCCUCAACAAGUUCGUGGACCCACGCUUCGUGGACCUGGGCACCUUCCGGGACCAGACCAUCGUGCGAGUCUCGGUGCUGGACGUCGAUGAGCCCCCCGAGUUCCGACCCCCCUCCAACCUGAUGGAGGUCCAGGAGGAUGCCCACAUUGGCUCUGUCGUGGGGGUGGUCACAGCCCUCGACCCAGACACAGCGAACCAUCCCGUCCGGUACGCCAUCGACCGCAGCACGGACGCAGAGAGCAUCUUCGACAUCGAUGCUGACACAGGUGCCAUUGUGACAGGAAAGGUCCUGGACAGGGAGACCGCAGGCUGGCACAACAUCACCGUGCUGGCCAUGGAAGCAGAUAAUCACUCCCAGGUGUCCAGAGCCUCCCUCCGUAUCCGCAUCCUGGACGUCAAUGACAAUCCUCCUGAGCUCGCCACGCCCUAUGAAGCUGCUGUGUGUGAGGAUGCCAAGCCAGGCCAGCUUAUCCAGACCAUAAGCGUCGUGGACCGUGAUGAGCCUCAGGGUGGUCAUCGCUUUUACUUCACACUGGCACCUGAAGCCACCAACAACCACCACUUCUCUCUGCUGGACAUUCAGGACAACACCGCGGCGGUGCACACGCAGAGGAUGGGCUUCAACCGGCAGGAGCAGGAUGUGUACCUGCUCCCCAUCCUGGUGGUGGACAGCGGCCCCCCAGCGCUCAGCAGCACGGGGACCCUGACCAUCCGCGUCUGCGGCUGCGACAGCGACGGCGCCAUCCAGUCCUGCAACAGCACCGCCUACAUCGUGGCGGCCAGGCUGAGCCCCGGCGCCCUCAUCGCGCUGCUGGUCUGUGUCCUCAUCCUGGUCGUGUUGGUCCUUCUGAUUCUCACACUGAAGCGACACCACAAAAGGCACCUGGCAGCUGAGGAUGACGAGGACAUGCGGGACAAUGUCAUCAAAUACAACGACGAGGGGGGCGGCGAGCAGGACACGCAGGCCUACGACAUGUCAGCCCUGCGCAGUCUCUAUGACUUCAGUGAGAUCAAAGGUGGUGAUGGAGGUGGGGGCCCAGGAGAAGGGGGCCCGAGCAGAAACCCAGCCUCCCAGCUCCACUCCCUCCCACAGUGGGUGCAGAGCCCAGACCUGGACUUUUCCGUGUUCAGAGACUACAUCUGCAGGAAGGUGCAGCAGGCAGACGAGGACCUCUCAGUGCCGCCCUACGACUCGUUCCAGACCUACGCCUUCGAGGGCUCAGACUCCCCCGUGCCCUCUCUCAGCUCCAUCAACACGUGGUCCAGUGGCUCGGAGCAGGACUUCUCCUACCUGGGGGGCUGGGGGCCGCGGUUCCGGCAGCUGGCAGCGCUGUAUGCUGGGCGCAGGGGCGAGGAGGACAGUGAGGAGUCCUAGACAUCCUGCCAGCCCCCUCUGCCUCCCGUACCAGGGCUCCACGCCGAGAGGGGACAGCCUCUGCCACCAGCUGGGCUCUGCAGGCACUGGGCUGCAGCACAGGACCAAGGAGCACCGACCAACGAUGUGCUGCUCAGCCACCGCCCCCUGCCCCGGGCACCUCUGACCUGCACAAAGGCUGGAGCAGCCGAAGGAGCUGCUGCAGCCAUCCUCAUCUCCUUAGCAGCAGUCUCCGUUAAACCACUACCCACUAAUUUAAGGAAGAAACUCCAACUCCAGACAGCUUGCAGGGGGUUGUGCCCUGCAAAUUACCAUUUCAAUAGAUCUGCUCAGUGAGCCCAGCUGAGGAGAGGAAGAGUAAACCAGGAGCCUUUUGUUGUCUAAAUUGUUUUUGUCACUUGAGUCAGAGCAUCUGAAGUGCUUUGAUUUCCACGGGAGCUUUCCUUGCAGAGGGUACAGCUUUUAAUCUCUUCAGCUUUUCCUUCUUAUAUUUGCUGGGGUUUUGGAGUCUGUCUCCCUGCACCUGGACUCCCGGGCAGUGCCCGGCAGGCGGCACAGUAUCGGAGGGAGUAUGUUGGGUGCAGGCUCCACAGUCAGGUCCUGCACGGGGUGAUCACUGCCCUGCAGCCCACCUCAGAACACUUUCCCCCGAGCUGCUGCUGCUUCACUGCUUACACCUUUCAAAGGUGCUGAUGAUGUGGAGGGGCUCUGCCCUGUGCUGCCAGCAGGCAAAAUCUGCAAGAUCCUAAUGUGCCCCACAGCCCUGGUGACAGGUGGGGAUGUCCUGCCCCCUGCUGAAGUGUGGUGCUACAGCCCGAGCCAUGGUGCUGGGAAGUGGCACACCCUGGGCCUGAGUCUGCACAGCACAGAGGUAGCACAUCAGUGCACUCUGGCUGUCAUCUGGUGUUGAGGAGAGCUCUGCCCCAGCCAGAGGACCAUGCUGUAGGGUGUGAGGGAGCUCCAGUCCCCUGGUGUGGGGGGAUAAUUCCUGCUUACACCCAGCUGACAGCAAAGCAGCACCACUGGCAAUAGAAAAGCCAUCCCCAGGGCACAUUCCUAAGGGCAGAUGCUGCUGGUGCCACGCUGGUUGCUGCAGGCUGGGCAGCAGGUCUGUGACACCUUGGGGACACAAGGUGUCCCCAUGCUGACACAGUGCCCAUCAGGAGCUCCUGCAGCAGAGCUGCCUUGGCAUGAAACCUCUAGAUUUGGGAGGCAGGUCAGGAAGAGGCUGUCAGGAAGCAGCAUGGCUCCCUGGAUUGCAGAUGGUGCUGGAGAAGAGUGCCCAGUGGCUGGCACCUUUUCAGCUGCUGAUUUCCCCGGGCCAGCAGCGCAGCACUGCAGCUCCUCACCCGUUCAUGUUGGAAACCUGCAACUCUACCACUGACAGGUAACUGGGAAGGGUGUCCCAAGGCCUGGCACAUCCUGGGCCUGCCAUUGGGUUUGUCCUUUUCGUUUAGCCACAGACUGUCUGCUCUCCUGGGAGCUGUGACUGUACAUGCCCAUGCCUGCUCCCCUGUUACUGUGGUUUGCUUCACGCCUGCUGGCCUUGGUCCCUUGGCUGCAGGACACAUCUCCGUGGCUGCUCCUGCCCUUGGCUGCCCCCGCCCACUGCCACCCUGUCCACCCACACAGGAGCUGCAGCUUGGCUUUCGCACCAGGACCAGGAGCUGCUUGCUUCUCAGGGUCUCUCCAGUCCCCACCCAAGGAGGUGUCAGGUGCCUGCUGCUGGCACCCAUGCCCAGCGUGCUGCUGUUUCACUGUGAUGAUGCUGGGGAGGCAGCCAUGGCCAGGAGCUCUGGCCACGCCGCCUGGCGCAGGCGAUGCCGCGGCGCAGGAGAAGGGAGAAGCCCUCUCCUUCCUCAGGAACGUGUUUGUGUUGUCCCUCCGGGCUGAAGAGCUGUGCCGGAGCCCCUCCGGCGCUGGCCCUUCCUCUAGCCAGGCGUUGUGCAAUAGCAGGGCCCCGUCCAUAGGCGAUGGGGCCUGACAGGGUCGGUGUUUAGCAGCCCCCCAUCGGGUGCCCCCUCCCCAGCCAGCCCUCCCGACGCGCAUGCCCGCAUGCUUGCGGCUCCCUUCGCCCCGCACCGGAGCGCGGGAGGAGCGCGGGGCCGGACCGGCCGCCCCCGUGUGCCGCCUGCGCUGCCGCCGCCGUGCCCGGCGAGCUGGCAGGCGCCGCUGCGUCUGAUGGAGUCGCUUUGGUUUUCUUUCUCUACCCAGAUGAAAUUAGGAGGUUGAUUUCCUCACCCUUAUUAUUUUUGGAAGGCCUUUGUAGGACCUGGGAAUAAAGGAUUUCCUUCUUGUCUGA